AUGCCUAAUAUCGGAUGCCUCCAAAAAAAAAGAAAGCAAUGGAAUGCAGAAGCGAUGAAGAGGGCAAUAGAAGCAGUUAAGAACAAGGAAAUGGGAACUCUCAAGGCGUCUAAUGCAUUUGGCGUGCCCAAAAGCACACUGAUUGAUUAUGUAAUAAGUAAGAAACCGGUUGAUACAUUACUUGCUAUCAAAUUAGGCAGAAAACCUACUUUAACAAAUGAACUUGAAGAAGCACUAGUUGAGUAUGCUCUCGAAAUGGAAAGAAGGUAUUUUGGUCUCCGAGCGUCAGAUGUAAGAAGACUAGCCUUUCAGCUAGCGAUACGUAAUGGGCUUAAGCAUCCUUCUUCUUGCCGAAGUGCCGCUGCUGGAAAAAAACAUUUGAAAUCGUUCAUGUCAAGACACCCAAAAUUGUCUUUCCGAAAACCACAGGGAAUUUCUGCAGCCCGUGUUAAGGGUUUUACAAAAGAGAAUGUUCAAGCAUUUUUCAACCUCCUUGGUAGCGUAUUGACAAAAGUUGGCUUUAAUCCAGCAGCUAUCUAUAAUGCUGAUGAGACUGGUAUUACGACAGUACAACAGAAACAUGCCAAAGUGAUAAGUUUGAAAGGAAAAGGGCAAGUUGCAGCUUUAACUGCUUCGGAACGGGACUGGCUGAGGCACUUUAUUUUACAUGUAAAACCUAGCGAAUCCGAACAAGUUGUCUUGAUAUUAGAUGGACACUAUUCUCAUUCAAGGAAUAUUGAUGUUAUCAACAUUGCCAGAGAUAAUUUCGUCCAUAUUAUCUGCCUACCUCCCCAUUCUACAAAUAAGUUACAACCACUCGAUGUCUCCUUUAUGUCACCUUUCAAAACUUAUUAUGCUGCUGAAAUUGAAACAUGGCUUAGAGCAAAUCCAGGGAGAGUUGUAACUUCCUAUCAAAUAUCGGAACUAAUGGGAAGAGCCUAUUUAAGAGCAGCGAGUUGUGAAAUUGAAGUGAAUGGUUUUAGAAAAUGUGGAAUAUUUCCAUUCCAACCGACAAUUUUCCGAAAUGACGAAUUUGCCAUCCAUUCUUCAAAUGAAAGACAAUCAGUCGAUGGAGAUAAUGACGAAAAUCAGAUUGCUGUGGAUCCUGCUGUUGCUGAAAACUUAAGAAAAGAAAGAGAAACUACACCACCCAUUUCGACACCUAAGCUCGUUGUACCUCAGGAUAUUUGUCCUAUACCUAGCCUAAAGACAAAACAUCAGUCUCCAAGGCCAGGUUGUUCGGGUGAAGCUUCUAAAAAAGGAGGAAAAAAAGGAAGAAAGAGGAAGAUAAGCUCAUCUAGCAGUUCUGAUAGUGAUGAAAUUCAAUUGGUAGACACGGAUGACGACAUGGACCAAGAUGAUGUCGAUGUGGAAUGCUUUUAUUGUUCCAACUGGUUCUCUGAAGAUAUUUCUGGAUCCAAAUCAUCCUUAGCCCAGUUCCAGGAAGGUAUUGACAUGUCUUUCUGCGCUUCCCUUCUUGCUGACUGGUCGUCGUCUCUACCUUCAUUUAAUGCCCCGUCUAAAUCAGUUUCCUCCAUUUCCACAUCUGCAGUUUCUAAGGAAUUAGCAGGUUCCUCGUCGCUCUCAUAA